GAGCACGCCAGGAACACGCUGGGAGCUCACCAGGCUGCCCAGAACACGCAACGAGCAGCUCUGGAGCGACGGAGGCAGCACAGGCUGGUUGUUUUCCUGCAAGAACAAGGAGCCGUGGGAGCAGGAUGCUGCCGGACGUGGUGGUGAUGCUGGGGACGAUGGUGAUGGUGAUGGGCCCUCGCUCGGCCGCAGCAGGCGGCGUGGGGGGCUACGCUCAAGUCAAGUACAUGCAGCCCAUGGUGAAGGGACCCCUGGGACCCCCGUUCCGUGAAGGCAAAGGGCAGUACCUGGACAUGCCGCCUCUGCUGCCCAUGGACCUCAAAGGGGAGCCAGGACCGCCUGGGAAGCCUGGCCCGCGUGGACCCCCCGGGCCCCCCGGCUACCCAGGCAAACCGGGCACGGGGAAGCCGGGAAUGCACGGCCAGCCUGGCCCCGCUGGGCCCCCGGGCUUCUCGGGCAUUGGGAAACCCGGCAUCCCAGGACUGCCUGGAAAGGCGGGUAUGAAAGGGAUGCCCGGAGCCAAGGGCGAGCCUGGCAUGCGUGGGGAGCAAGGGCCGAGGGGACUCCCCGGCCCGCCGGGGCUGCCCGGCCCCGGCCUGCCGGGCCCCACGGGCUACAGGAAGCCGGGCAUGCCCGGCCUGAAGGGAGACCGCGGGCAGCCCGGGGCACAGGGAGCCAUCGGCGAUAAGGGGGAGCCCGGCGUUGAUGGGGAGCCGGGCGAGCCAGGCCCUGCCGGCAUCAUCGGCCCGCCGGGCCCUCCGGGGUCCAUGGGGCUGCCAGGCAAGCACGGGCUGCCCGGCCCCAAGGGGGACGUGGGGCCGAGCGGGCCGCCGGGAAUGCCGGGGAUGCGCGGGGGGGGCCAGGGCCCCGGCGGCUUCGCGGGGAAGCCGGGGGUGCCGGGAAAGGGGCCUCCCGGGUCACUGGGACCUCCCGGCCCAACGGGCCCCAAAGGGGAACCGGGGUUCAUCGGCCUUCCCGGGGUGCCUGGAUUAACGGGUGGCCCCGGGCCCAAAGGGGACGGUGGGAUCCCGGGGCAGCCGGGGCUGAGGGGCCCCUCCGGCAUCCCGGGAUUGCAAGGACCUGCUGGUCCUAUGGGGCCUCAGGGGUUACCAGGCCUGAAAGGGGAGCCCGGGCUCCCCGGCAUUCCCGGCGAGGGGAAGACCGGUGAGCCUGGCAUGGCCGGACCCAUUGGCCCACCCGGAAUGCCAGGAACGCCAGGGCUGAACGGGCCACCAGGCCCACCGGGGCCACCUGGGCCACCAGGAGCGCCAGGAGUGCUGGACGAGACGGGCAUCGCGGGGCUGCACCUGCCGGACGGUGGUGUGGAGGGGGCUGUGCUGGGCAAUGGGAAGCCGGGCAAGCCACAGUACGGCCGAGGAGAGCUCGCUGCCCGCAUCGCGCCGGCCUUCACUGCCAUCCUCACCUCGCCCUUCCCCGCAUCCGGCAUGCCCGUCAAGUUUGACCGGACCUUGUAUAACGGGCACAACGGCUACAACCCGGUCACCGGGAUCUUCACCUGCCCCGUAUCCGGAAUCUACUACUUUGCCUACCAUGUGCACGUCAAAGGGACCAACGUUUGGGUGGCCCUGUAUAAGAACAACGUGCCGGCCACCUACACCUACGAUGAGUACAAAAAGGGGUACCUGGACCAGGCCUCGGGCAGUGCCGUGCUUGAACUCAAGGAGAACGACCAGGUCUGGGUACAAAUGCCCUCAGACCAGGCCAAUGGGCUGUACUCCACGGAAUACAUCCACUCCUCCUUCUCCGGGUUCCUGCUCUGCCCCACAUAACGGCUGUUGGGCACGUUUCCUUUUCACCCACUUUAGCCAUAAACUGUCUUUUUUUUUUUU